CAUAAAAGUGCACGAAAUCCUUUUUUUUUGUUUUCUUUCUUUUUUCCAAAAUCUCAAAUCUCUCGAGAUCGGAGAAACUGUUGAUUAUAGAAACUUUUUUUCUGAUUUCUCUCUACGGAUCUCUUUGUAUUAUAGUAAGAGAUUAGGCCUCUUGUUUUGUUUUGAAGUUUUCUGCGGAAUACGAAUCAGUAUUGAGACGUUUUGACUGAUCCUGAAUAUGUCAGGUUGUGAGGGUGCAAGAGAGAGAUUAUCAGAUUCUGAGUGCACAGAGGACGAGCCUUGGCGUUGUAGAAUCGGGAGCCUGAGAAAGAAGGCGAUUAGCUGUUCGAGUAAACUUACACACCCGUUAAAGCGUAAAGGCAAACGGAUAAUCGACUACCAAAUUCCUCUCAUUGAAGACGUUAGAGACGAGGAAGAGGAGAGGAUAGUUCUUGAAUUGCGUCAAGAACUUCUCAAGAAAGAUUUGUUGCCUCCAAGGCAUGAUGAUUAUCAUAUGCUGUUGAGGUUUUUGAAGAAUACGGAGUUUAACAUCGAGAAAACUGUCACAGCAUGGGAAGAAAUGCUCAAAUGGAGGAAAGAGUUUGGAACAGAUCGAAUAAUACAGGAUUUUAAUUUCAAAGAGUUGGACAAGGUUAUACGGCACUAUCCUCAGGGGUAUCAUGGAGUUGAUAAAGAUGGUAGACCUCUCUAUAUCGAGAGGCUCGGAAAAGCUCAUCCCGGUAAGCUUAUGGAUGUUACAACGAUAGAGCGAUACUUGAAGUACCAUGUGCAAGAAUUUGAGAGGGCCCUUCUAGAGAGGCUCCCUGCAUGUUCCAUUGCAGCAAAGCGACGAGUCACUACAACAACCACAAUACUAGAUGUUGAAGGACUGGGUAUGAAGAACUUCUCUCCCACAGCUGCGAACCUCCUCGCCUCCAUUGCUAAAGUAGAUUGCAAUUAUUACCCUGAGACUUUGCACCGAAUGUUCAUUGUCAAUGCAGGGAUUGGAUUCAGGAAUUUACUUUGGCCUGCCGCCCAGAAGGUCCUUGAUCCGAUGACUAUUGCAAAGAUACAAGUUUUGGAGCCAAAGUCCUUGUCAAAGUUACUUGAAGCAAUUGAUUCCAGUCAACUUCCAGAAUUUUUGGGAGGAUUAUGCAAAUGUCCUAAUGAAGGAGGGUGCUUAAGAUCUAACAAAGGGCCAUGGAAUGAUCCUGAAAUAGUUGAGCUCGUACAUCACAUGGAAGUAACCCCUGUACCGCAAAAUACAAGAGCGCCUCCUCAUAUUAGAGAGAAUGAUUCCGCUACUAGCAUGAAUCCGCCUCAAGAAAGAUGUAUCAAAACUUUAAAAGAAGAGCCAGAUACUGAAGAACAUUACUCUUCCACUCGGUCAAGAUCUUCAAUGUACAGUUUAGUUCCUCCACUCUCUCAUAAGGCUAGUACAUCAGACGGUGAUAAAUUCAUUACCACCGUGGAAUCUGCAGAACCGGGUCAAGGAGAAUGGUCUCAAGCCCAGUUACUUAACACGGACACUGGAAACUCUUCUUCUGCAAAUAUAUCCAGAAGAGAAGGUGGUCAGAUUCUACGGUUUAGUGAUGCUCUUAGAGAGAAAAUCAAAGGCGAGAACAUCAUUCACUUGGUGAAGAUACUAAUAGCCUUCCCACUGAAGCUAUUUGCUCUCUUUAGUUUCUUAUUACCUGGAUACUGGCAAAGACAGAACUGUGUCGAUGUUUCAGAUUCAUCGAUGAAUAACCAGAUUAUACAGUGUUUAGAUCGUCUUAAGAAGCUGGAGGAAGAAUUGACAGAGAUUAGUAAAAAGCCAGUAAAAAUCCCGGAAGAAAACGAGAAGCUAUUAACGGAAUCGCUUGAGAGGAUCAAGUCUCUAGAACUCGAUCUCGACAAAACCAAAUCAGUAUUACAUUUAACGUUAACAAAACAGCUUCAGAUCACAGAACAGCUCGAGUUUGGUUACCAAGAACGAAGAAAGCGAUGCUGUAUCUGAAGCUUUUGGAUUUUGGUCAUAACGAAACCUUUAAAACGGAGACUUGUUAAUUUACAGAAAUUGAGGGUAUUUUUUUUUUUUGUGAACAGCAGUAUACCAACAAAAAAAAACUCAACAAUCUAUACGCAGACCUUUUGGGAUUUUUCUGUUCUUUUUAUUUUUUUUUGCUCACAUCCUUGUAAACAUCAGUAAAUUCCCGUGUGUGGAACUAAUAUUAGUAUAACGAA